AUGUUUAAAUCGCCGUAUGCGUUGUCAGCAAACAUGUCUUCGAUGGACGGUGAUCGUGGUGAUUUUGAUGAUGAUCAUGAUAGAGAUGAAGGGUUUCCGGACGAAGAUCCUCCGUUUCAGUCAGAAAAUACCUUUUCGGAUGAUGGGCGGUAUCAAGAUGACAUGCGGUAUCCAGAAGAUCGUUAUCCAGAUGAUUCCCCUGUGCAUAAGCAUGAUGACCGUUACCCAGGUCCUGGACCUCGCCACAUGAGAAUGAUGAGGCCCCAAUUCCGUCCAAGAUUCCAGGGUGGCUACAGGGGGCACCCACGAAUGCAGAUGCACGGUGGCGGUCGAGGGAAUUUUAUGCGAUCAGGAAUGGGUCCACAUCGUGGUCCUCAAUAUGAUGGUUACGGUCAUCCAAUGGGUAUGAAUCGAGGAUACCCACCAAGAUUUAGUCCACAGUAUCCUGGACGUUUUCAAGGCAUGAACGAAGACCAAAUGGAUGAACAGAUGGACGAAGCACAUCCUUCCGGCGACAUGAACUACCCAGGUCACGGGGAUAUGCCGAUGCCCCCUAAUUCGUAUUCUAAUAUGCAGCACAUGCGCAUGCGCGGUCCACCACCUCAAUUCAUGCCUCCUAACAAACAAAUGCCUCCUGACCAUCAACAACCAGGUGCUGUCCCUCCAGCGGGUUCGGGCGGACACCAGCCUUAUGGCACAAAUAAUUCAUUCAAUAAUCCACCUGGUUCUCAUUAUGGUGGGCCACAAGCACCUUACGGUGGACCUGGAGCUCCUUAUUCCGGAAAUCAAAACAAUCAGCCUUUCGGAGCCCCAUCAUUCAAUGGCCCUCCUGUGUCUCAGUUCGGCGGUCCUCCCUACAAUGGUCCUCCAGCGUCUCAGAUGGGCGAUCCUGGUUCAAAUCUACCAUCGGGUCAGCAGUUUGCUCCACCCACAAGGCCAUUUGGAGCACCUCCCGCUGGUCCCUUCCCUGUUCCUCCAACCGCUCCUUAUGGCGGCCCUGGACCUAACUCUCAACCUGCUGGGUCUUACAAUGGCCCUUCACAAUUUCCUGGAACACCAACCGGACCUCAAGGUGCUACGUCGCAGGGCACUACUUCAAAUGUUCAAAACAAUCUGCCACCAACUCUAGCCAACCCACCGGUCCCCGUCGCGCCCCCAGCUGGUGCUCCUGCUCCUGUUUGCCCACAGUCUGCGACUCAGUCUCCAGCCACGCAACCGUCUGCUCAGCCUCCCGCUGCUGCAUCCUCCAUCCCAGUAACUCCAGUCGCGCAACCAGUUUCAAACGUUCCACCACCGUUUACCUACCCGACUCCGAUUCCAACUGCUUCAGACGGUUCACAUUUUGGUCUUCCACCACCUUGUUUCCCUGCAAUGCCUGCUCCACCCAGACCCAUGGCUGUGCAAGCUAUUCCGGGACCGGGAAUGCCUCCUGGCACAACUCUACCGUGCCCAACGAUGCCACCUAUGCCAAUGAUGGGCCCUCCACCUAUUCCUGGGAUGCCUCCCAUGCCACAUCCUUUGUCUCAUUUCCGUCCACCUAUGCCUUUCAUGCCACCUGUAAUCCCCGUUAACCCUUUCCCUCCGACCAUGAUGCAACCUAGGAUCGUCGAUGACAUUUGGGUCGAAAACCUUACAGCUGAGGGGAAGUCAUACUAUUACAACAUGCGAACUCGUGAAACCCGCUGGGAUAGACCUGAAGGAGUCACAGUGGUACGCCAAGGUGAAGUGGAAGGCACUAUGAAGCCAGCAACAACGUUGCAAAUGACUACGACAUCUGUUUCGACAAGUGUUGGCACACCGUCUGUCCCUCCAGCUACUCUCACCAAACCUCCUGAGGUCGCAGUUUGGACUGAGUAUCAUAAUCAGGAUGGCAAAGCCUAUUAUCACAAUAUGAAAACAGGGGAGACAACUUGGGAGAAACCAAAGGUGUUGAUUGAUUGGGAAAAGCAACAGUCAGAGCCAAGCAAUCAAAAGACACCAGAACAACCAAGCCCUUCUACAGCAACGAAGGUAACUGCUACACCAACAACUGUCGCUAUUCCUGCGGCUGAAAUUAAAAAGACGGUUGUACCCGAAUCGAAUGAAAAUCCUAAACCUGCGGAAACUUUAAAAUCGGAUGCGACUGAAAACGGAGUCGUGGAGUCGAAUGAGCAAGAGGCUAAGACAGACUCAAGCAAGACCCCAAAGGAUAGUAGCCGACCGGUGUCUAGCACGGCCGUCCAUGGAACUCCAUGGUGUGUUGUGUGGACUGGUGAUGGUCGCGCAUUUUUCUUCAACCCGAGUCAGCGGCUCUCUGUUUGGGAGAAACCUGAUGAACUCAAAGGCCGGACAGAUGUUGAUCGUUUACUCGAAAAGCAACCAAAUACAUCAUUGUCAGGCAAUACUACCUCACCUCAAGCAAACUCUACCGGUAAUGACAAUGAAUCUGAAGCAGUUGAUGGAAACCCUGUCCCCAAAAGACCGCGCCUUGAAAAUGACGAAAUUAAUGGUCCUGCAAGUGAAGUAGAAGCACCUACAGCUGUUGAACAAACAGAUGAGAACGAUGCAGAUAAGUUAGGCAGUUCGCUGGAUAAGAUCCCGAUUGGACUAGAAGCUGCCAAAGAAGCUGAAGAAAGGGCCGCCAGAGAAAGAGCUGUACAACCGCUGGAAGUUCGUGUACGACGGUUCAGGGAGAUGCUGGUCGAAAUGCAGGUUUCGGCUUUCUCCACCUGGGAGAAAGAGCUGCACAAGAUUGUGUUUGACCCACGUUACCUGUUGCUUGCAAGUAAAGAAAGGAAGCAGACGUUCGAGGCCUACGUUAAAGAGCGUGCAGAAGAAGAACGACGUGAGAAAAAGAGCAAGCUCAAAGAAAAAAAAGAGAAGUUCAUCGAACUUAUGGAUGAGGCUGGGCUAAAUUCGAAAUCGUCGUUUGGAGAUUUUGCUUCAAAGUUUUCAAAAGACGAUCGCUUUAAAGCCAUCGAGAAAUCCCGUGAUCGUGAAGCCAUGUUUCAAGAUUACUUAGUAGAAUUGCGGAAACGUGAAAAAGAGGACAAGCAUCGUGAAAAAGAAAAGGUCAAAAUUGACUUCUUCAAUUUGUUGAAAGAACAAAAAAGUAUCAACCGAUACACUCAUUGGACUGAUGUCAAACGCAAGUUGGAUACUGAUCCUCGAUAUAAAGCUGUAGAUUCUUCUUCAAAAAGGGAGGAUUGGUUCCGAGAAUUUAUUCGUAAACUUGAUGAUGUCCCUGCUGUUCGUGAAGAUAGUUACACAAGGAAAGAACGAGAAAAAAAGGAACGUCAGGAAGCAUCCCUUAGAGAACGUGAGAAGGAAGUAAAGGAGGCAUUAUCGUCUUCGUUGAGGGAAAGAGACAAAGAGAGAGAACAACAUUUGCGCAAUGAACAAGAAACAAACUUUCAUUCAAUGCUGCAGGAUAUGAUUCGUGAUCCUAGUCUGUCAUGGAAAGAAGCCAAGAAAUUGCUCCGUAAAGAUCCUAGAUGGGAGGCUGUUAGUGAUGUGUUCGAACGAUCUGAACGAGAAGAGAUGUUUAAAGAACACAUCAAUGGAUUGUCUAAAAAAUCUCGCGAAAUAUUUUAUCGACUAUUGAACGAAAUCGAGGAAAUAUCUUUUGAUUUGUCGUGGAAAGAAGCAAAGAAAAUAAUAAAUACUGAUCCUCGUUUUGAAAAGAUUCCGAACGACAGAAAGAAAGAAUCCGAAUAUUUAUUGUGGGUAGAUAUGAAAAAAAAUCAGGCGAAAGAAGCCUUUAAAGAACUACUAAGAGAAACCAAAAUAAUUAACACACGAACCAAAACAACUCUUGAAGAGAACGAAAAUCACAUUUCAGAUAUUAUGGAGGCUCUUGAGAAAGAUAAACGAUUUAUCGCCUUGGAUGCGUUUGAGGAUGAACGUAAUGCUUUGAUCGAAGAUUAUAUUGAUAGUUUAGACAAAAGGCGCACUCCAACUCCAUUGUCGAUGUCAGCAAAAGAUCCCAAUCGUCGGUAG